CACACCAUGCCAUGCAGACAGACAGCAAACCUGUCCGCAAACUCUCUUCAUGCAUAGUACAGCACAGGCGCCGCAACACAUGGCCAGGAAAACUGACGGUCAGGUUCCAAGAUCAGGCCUCCAGCAUGGAAGAGACCAUAUGGGAGCAGUAUACGGUGUCUUUGCAGAAGGAUAGCAAAAAAGGCUUUGGAAUUGCAGUCUCUGGGGGAAAAGAUAAUCCACACUUUGAAAAUGGUGAACCUUCCAUUGUCAUUUCAGAUGUGCUUAUUGGGGGUCCAGCUGAUGGGUUUUUACAGGAGAAUGAUCGUGUAGUUAUGGUCAAUGGAACAGCUAUGGAUAAUGUUCUACAUUCAUUUGCAGUACAGCAAUUAAGAAAAUGUGGAAAAACAGCUGUCAUUGUGGUGAAAAGACCUCGCAAAGUUCAAGUUACAGCAUCAAGGCGGACCCCUUCUCCUGAGCCUGAUCCUCGAGCUUUUGACACUCUUGAUGAUGAGGAUGGACAUUUUGACCGUAGAAGUGCAUACAGUGGUUACAGUGAGAGCUGGCAAAGUGGAGGUGGCCGACGCAGCCGGGAAGCUAGUCCAGACCGAGGCUAUGGAAAAGAUCAGGAAAGAGGUCGAUCUUAUGAUCAGGAACCGGAUAAUGUCAGGGGAAGGAGUAGAGAACGAAAUCUAGAUGACGACCAUCACAGACGGGAACGCAGCCGAGGUAGAAGCGUGGACCGGGACUUAAGUGAAGAACGCAGGUAUAGGAAAGAUCAGGGAAAGAGUGUGGACAGGGAAGAGUCAUUUGCUCGUAGUUACAUUGGGGACUAUAGCCCAGAAAGAGGAAGCGUACAGAAAUCCCAAACGGACUACAGAAUUGAAAAAGACGUGCUUCACCGCAGUCGUGAUAGACUUCAGUCCCACAGUCCGUCACCUGAACCACACCGACAUGCAGCACAAAAGGGGCAGGAAAAGCCUGUCAGUGUACUCCUUGCCAAAAAGAGAAAGAAUGAAGAAUUUGGUUUGCGCCUGGGCAGCCAGAUUUUCAUUAAGGAAAUGACCGACGCUGGUUUAGCAACACGAGAUGGAAGCUUGAAUGAGGGAGACAUUGUUCUUAAAAUUAAUGGCACUGUGACCGAAAACAUGUCCUUAGCUGAUGCACGGAAGUUGAUUGAGAAGUCAAGAGGAAAACUGCAGCUGAUGGUGCAGAGAGAUGUCCAACAAACUUUGAUCAACAUUCCUUCUGUGCAUGACAGUGACUCUGACAUAGGAGAUAUUUCUGAGAUAGAGUCCAAUCAUUCUGGCUCCCCUGUGGAAGAUGUGAAAUUGCACCACUCAGACUCUCAUUCCUCUAAUGAGAAGCUAAAGGAUAAAACGGUCUCUAAAGAGGAUCCACCCAACCGACUGACCAAAAUGGGAGCCAUGCCGACUCCUUUUAGAGUGGUGAACCGAGCCGAGAGCCCUGCUCCUGUUAGUAUAAGCCCAGUGGUUCCAGAGAGCAGCCCAGAGCCAGUGUAUUUAGAAGACCUUCCAGUAGAAAAGCCUGUAGUGGUUCGAAAGCCGUUUCUGCAGCCUAGUCCUGAAGAUUUGGAGAUCUAUGGGCCUAAUACAAAAAUGAUUCAGUUUCGAAAAGGUGAAAGCGUAGGCAUGAGGCUUGCUGGUGGUAAUGAUGUUGGCAUAUUUAUUGCUGGUGUUCAGGAAGGAAGUGCUGCUGAGCAGGAAGGCCUUGAAGAAGGAGAUCAGCUGCUCAAGGUCAACACACAAGACUUCAGAUGCAUUGUUCGAGAAGAUGCAGUUUUAUAUUUGUUGGAAAUUCCCAAAGGAGAAGAAGUUACCAUUUUAACUCAGAGCAGAUAUGAUGUCUACAAAAACAUACUUGCCUGUGGCCGGGGAGAUUCGUUCUUCAUAAGGACUCAUUUUGAGUAUGAGAAAGAGGCUCAGCAAUUUUUAGGAUUCACAAGAGGCGAGAUCUUCAGGGUGGUUGAUACGCUAUAUGAUGGGAAGCUUGGCAGCUGGCUCUCUGUAAGGAUCGCCAAUGAAUUGGAGAAGGGACUUAUUCCAAGUAAAAGCAGAGCUGAUCAGCUGGCCAGUGUACAGAAUGCACAGAGGUCUGCAACUGGAGAUAGGGCAGACUACUGGAAAAAACGAGGCCAAAGAUCUGGAGGCAAGAAAGUGAAGAAAAGCCGAGAUGACCAGGCAUCUCUUUCUCUAAUCAGUACCAGGUUUCCUGCCUAUGAGAGAAUCUUGUUGAGGGAAGCUGGCUUUAAAAGACCGGUUGUGUUGUUUGGCCCGAUUGCUGAUGUAGCAAUGGAAAAGCUGGCAAAUGAUAUGCCAGAUUUGUUUCAAAUAGCAAAGACAGAGCCAAAAGAUGCCGGCUCGGAUAAGGCGAGUGGUGUAGUGAGGCUGAAUACUGUUAGACAGAUCAUUGAACUGGACAAACAUGCUCUUAUGGAUGUUACACCAAAAGCCGUGGACCUGCUUAACUAUACACAGUGGUUCCCUAUAGUUGUGUUGUUUAGCCCAGACAGUAAGCAAGGAGUGAAAACGAUGAGACAAAGACUGUGCCCUCAUUCAAACAAAAGCUCUCGGAAACUAUAUGAUCAAGCAAAUAAACUUAAGAAGUCCUGUAGUCAUCUAAUUACAGCCACUAUUAACCUAAACGCAUCUAAUGACAGCUGGUAUGGAAGCCUGAAGGAUAUAAUUCGAGAUCAGCAGACAGAGGCAGUCUGGGUUUCAGAAGGAAAGGCCGAUGGAGUAGAUGACGAUGAAGAUCGCAUGUCCUACCUGACGGCAAUGGGAGCAGACUACUUGAGCUGUGACAGCCGAUUAAUCAGUGACUUCGAAGACACCGACGGUGAAGGAGGAGCGUAUACAGACAAUGAACUCGAUGAAUAUGUUGAUGAUCCUGUACCGGUCUCUGCCAUUAGUCGAUCUUCCGAACCUGUCCACUUAGAAGAGAUCACCGUAAAACCAGUACCAGAGCCAAAGAGUCAGCUGAAAGGGGCAAGCAGCAAAGAAGUGCUACGAGAGCCCAGUCCUCCACCAUCAUUUAAACCAGAUCCUCCCAAGGUCAAAGCACAAAGCAAAGAUGAACUGUACGAUUCACCUCGCAGUUAUGAUGGUAAACGGAGUAGCUCUAGUGUAGCCAGCAGUGAAGCCUCAGCAGGAUCUGGCAAAGCUGGUCCACCCCCAACGGCCGCUAAACCUGCGUUUGCUACAAAACCCAUUAUAAAGCCUCCUGUCAGUGUUAUCCCUCCCGUGGGAAAUAAUGAAGGCUCAGUUGUUGAAGGGACAAAUGCCCCCAAGUCUGUUUUAGGGAAAGUGAAAAUUUUUGAGAAAAUGGACUUCAGUGCAAGACAACAAAGGAUGCAGGAGUUACACGAGGCACAAAAUGCACGGUUGGAGCUGGCACAGAAACUUCCGGACAUUUAUGCGGUACCUAUAAAGCCACAGAAAAAUGACCAAAAUCGAUCCCAGGCAGUAAGUUCCAGGCAACCAGAGCCUCAAAAACCACCAGGCUGGUCAUACACUGACAAUAGAAGAAGCUAUGGAAGUGAUGACGAAGAAGAGGACUAUCGUCGACAGUUGGCUGACCAAUCAAAACGUGGAUUUUAUUCAAAUAAAUACAGGGACACUGAGCUCUGAAUUGCUGCACAAAAGACAGAAUAUUAGUAUAUAUAUAUAUGUAUGGGUUAUACAUUUUUUUAAGUAUAUAAAAAAAAAAUAGACUUCAAAUCUACUGUAGCUGCAUCCUGCUCAUGUGUUAACUCAUUUGCACUGUUUGACCCAUAAUUCUAAUUUUUUAACACAUAGCUGGCAUUUGAAUAUAUUCUUAUACCAAACUGGAAAACCGCAACUAACUAUAGUAGGUACGUUGGGUAUUAUGUAAAUAUGAAAGGGAGGGUUCCUACUGGAAUGUUUUUGUCUUAUGUUUGUGAUAACUUGUGUUGUAAUUUUCACUAAUGACACACAAUCUUCGUUAUAGUUAGGGCUGUCUUCUGGCAUCAUUUUAAUGUCAACAGCCCUCAUUCCAUAGGAGCAAAGGGGUGUACAGCCGCUGGGCUGAGACCCCAAAGGGCAUACAAGAAUUUACUUUUUGAAAUAUUCUGAUAUGCCCUUAAUUUUAUUGGAUUUUAGUGCCUCAAGAUUUUUGGGAUCUCUGAUAGGUUGGGUUCCCUAAGAAAUAACACGCAUUGCUCAAUUUUAGUGCAUCUGUAUGUUUAGCAACCUCUCAGAUUCAGGUUUGUAGUGGGAAAAUAACAGCUAGAAAGGGAACAUUUUAACUGGAAUGCAAUGUGCAAUAAGGUUAAGAUUUGAUCAUUUCUGGCACCUGGCAAAACUUUUUUGUCUUGCUGUCAUUGCCAACUCAACAAAUGUGUUGGUUAUUUCUUGAGGCUCAGAUGUUUAUAAUCUGGCCCAGCUAAACUUCCGCUAUUCUGUUUGAGCCUUGCUUUGCUGUCUGUUUGCUCUUUCAUUUGUUUUUCAUCUGCGAGCGGACAUGUUCCCCCUGCUACUGCAGGAUGAGGAGUGGUGUAAGAUGUUGGGGAUGCAGAAUCGGAAAAACAAACUGGGGUGAUAUUGCCCCCUGGAAUCCUGGAGAGAAAAUAAUCUGGGAUGCAAGUCAGUUUGUCAUCUAUAAAGAAGUAACAUUCCAUCCAUCCAAAUUUUGCAUACCACUAAAUGAAACCUAUGGGAACAUACAGCCAUGCGCUGCCAAGGUUUAUGCACAGAAUUAUACGUUAAAAACAACAUUCCAAAUGUUUUGUUUUGGAAGUGCCUUUUGCAGAAAUGUCUUAAAACAUGCCUUGCAUUAUAGCAAAGCAAUGUAAACGUCAUGGCUGCUUCUUAGCAUUACGUUCUGUUUUCAAUCAUUCAGCUUGUAAAUGUCAAUGAAACUGUCCAGUCAAUGAGACUGUUACAAAUUAAGCUUGUAAACAUGAAAACUGUUAACAAAAAAUGUUUUCUUAUUGCCAUUAAUAAACUGAUUAAAAUGUG